GCAGGACGCUAAAACCACAGUGAUAAUUAGCGGGCGAGUUAGGGCGGCAUUACCCUGCUUCCCAAUGGGUGGGUCACCUGGCACGUGGUACAACUCAAGAUGACCUUGAGCAACAUUGCUUUUUUCUGGCUCCUCAAGGUCUAAACCUACCUAACUUGGAAAGCUCUUCUUACAGGGUGUACUGUAUCACGUUGGGUUGGCAAGCAUAGCUCGAUAUGACCACCAGAUAUCGCGUUGAGUAUGCGCUAAAGACACACCGCAGAGAUCAACUGAUAGAAUGGAUCAAAGGUCUUCUUGCAGUACCAUUCGUGCUGAGCUCACAGCCAGCAUUCGAGUACGAUGACACCGAUUGGCAGAACCUCGACACCAUGGCAAGGUCCGCACAUCAAAGAUAUGCGGAGGUCUUUCGUGACGUGCAGGAGUUGAUCCUCGACCAAAUUAACCAUCAAGAGUCGCCCUAUUCGAAAUCCAAACUCAGUAUGCUUGUCCCAAGUAUAUCGGCGUUCUUCACGCCCCUAGCAUUGGAAGAUGCGUUCGUACACCAGGACUCCAAAAGAGCCAUUUCAUCACGUCGGUUCGUCGCACCAUCGUUCAACGACAUCCGCUUGAUACUCAACACGGCACAAGUCAUGGCAAUGAUACAACCUAGGCCUUAUCGUUCGCUCAAAGCGAAACUAUCACCAGGAUUGGAACUGCUUACAUUCGAUGGUGAUGUCACGCUUUAUGAGGAUGGAGCAUCACUGCACUCUCCAGAGGCUAACCCCGUCAUUCUUCGACUGCUAUACUUUCUCUCUCGAGACGUACGGAUAGGCAUUGUCACAGCUGCUGGAUACACACAACCACAGCACUACUUCAACAGAUUGUCAGGGCUGCUGCUGGCAGUUCAAUCUUCGACAACACUCACUCCACAACAAAAGGCCAACCUGAUCAUCAUGGGCGGAGAGUCUAACUUUCUCCUCGUGUUUGAUGCCGAAGCCGAGUAUUGCUUGCGAUACGUCCACCGGCGGGAAUGGAUCUUAGAAGCUAUGAAGAACUGGACGGAGCCUGCCAUACAAUCCCUCCUUGACGUGGCCGAAGCUGCCUUUCACUCAUGCAUCCACACCCUCCACUUGCAGGCAAAAGUACUGCGUAAAGAGCGGGCGGUGGGCAUCUACGCGGCAGAUCAAUCGAAGAAACUUACCCGCGAACAGCUGGAAGAGACGGUCCUGGUAGUACAGCAAGUGGUAGACUCUACCAUAACGACGGCAGGUCUUGAUGGGCCUCCAGUGCAUGCUCACAUUCCAUUCACGGUCUUUAACGGUGGAGCGGACGUCUUUCUUGACAUUGGAGACAAGUCAUUAGGAGUACAAGCGUGUCAGAAGUGGUCUGGUGGUAUCCUACCAUCUCGGACUCUGCAUGUUGGCGAUCAAUUUUUGAGCGGCGGUGGGAAUGAUUUCAAGGCGCGAAGUGCUUGUUGUUGUGCAUGGAUUGCCAGUCCAGCCGAAACGGUGUCAUUGCUAGAUGAGAUUAUAGCUUUGGGUGAGGCGAAGUCGUGACUGUUACUCGGCUAUAGCAGAGCUACCAGCAGAAAUGCCGAGUGAAUAGAAUGAGCUCCCUUAUACUCAUCUAAUCAGGUAUACCCUCAAUGCAUAGGUGUUCAAGCGGA